CAUUUUAUUUUUCAGAUCACUUUUUCUGCACCUUAAAUGGGACAUGCAUGUUUAGGUUAUUAACUACAGGAACAUCAGAAUGCCUAAUCUUGAACAUCCAGCGUACCCAGCAGCUAAACUGCUCCAGCUGGAGAGUUUGGUGCCUUGUCGAGAAGCCCAGGUGUCCAUGUUGCUGUCACUCUUUGGAGAGCGUCAUCAGUUUAGUUUUCCAUCUAUCUUCAUCUAUGGACAUACAUCUAGUGGAAAGACCUAUGUGAUGCAAACUCUUCUAAACACGUUACAGCUUCCUCAUGUGUUUGUGAACUGUGUGGAACACUUUACUUCACGACUUCUUUUAGAAGAAAUUCUCAUCCAGUUGCAAAGCUGUUCUUCUGAGACAGGACAGACUUCUCAUGUGCCUUUUGGCACUUUCAAUGACUUUGUACGGCUGUUUAAAGAAGCUAUCGCAAGUCGAGAGCUUCAAGAUCAAACGUUGUAUGUUGUACUGGACAGAGCAGAGCAAUUGAGGGAAAUGGAAGCAAACAUCCUGCCAGCGUUUCUCAGGCUUCAAGAGCUGACUGACAGAAAUGUGACAGUUGUCCUGCUCAGUGAAAUAGUAUGGGAGCUGUUCCGCCCAAAUACUGGAUGCUUUGAGCCAUUCACCAUGUAUUUUCCUGAUUACAGCAUAGGACACUUGCAGAAGAUCUUGUCUCAGAAUCAUCCCCCAGAAUAUUCUGCAGAUUUUUAUUGUGCAUAUAUCAAUAUUCUGCUUGGUGUCUUCUACAUGGUUUGUAGGGACCUGAAAGAACUUCAGCAUCUGGCAGUGCUCAAUUUUUCUAAAUACUGUGAACCAGUGGUCCGAGGAGAAGCAAAUGAACGUGACAGUCGCAAACUCUGGAAAAAUAUUGAACCUCAUUUGAAGAAAGCAAUGCAGACUGUUUACCUCCGGGAAAUAUCCAGCUCACAGUGGGAGCGCUUGCAGUGUGAGGACGGAGAACCUGGGCAGUUGAAAGGACUUUCUGCACAUACACAUGUGGAACUUCCUUAUUACUCCAAAUUUCUUCUAAUAGCUGCAUACCUUGCCUCCUACAACCCUGCUAGGACAGACAAGAGGUUCUUUCUUAAGCAUCAUGGGAAAAUCAGAAAGACUAACUUUAUGAAGAAACAUGAAAAGACCAGCAAUCACCUCCUUGGGCCAAAGCCAUUUCCCCUGGACAGAUUGCUAGCAAUACUGUAUAGUAUUGUGGACAACAGAGUUGCUCCAACUGCCAAUAUAUUUUCCCAGAUCACCUCUCUUGUGACUCUCCAGCUGUUAUCUAUGGUUGGCCAUAAUGACCAGCUUGAUGGACCACGAUACAAAUGUACAGUAUCUCUGGACUUCAUCAGAGCUGUUGCCCGGACCGUGAACUUCGACAUAAUAAAGUACUUGUACGAUUUCUUGUGAAAACAAGCUUCACGGCCAUAUGGACACUGUGACAAUGACUAAGGCAAGCUGUGUUCAUCUCUCUACUUAGCUGGCCAGAAAGAAGAAUAUUUUGGCUCUUUUGGAUUUGUCCAAACAGGUGCUGGCCCAGCAUGGAACCUGAUGAAAAUACUCUGAUUGGUCUGGGUGGAUCUGAGCAGAGGACUAUUUACCAGGGACCCUGGAGUAUUUGGAAGCAAUGUGUUAAUUAUAAACAGCAGGGUUUGAGCACAAUCUGUUCUGCUCUUAAUGAUGUUAUCUUAACACUGAAAUUGCCUGAAACCCAUUUACUUAGGACUGCAUUUUGCUCUAUGAACUCUCCCCAGUGCUUUGAACAUGGCAGCAGCCCUUGUUUGUAUGCCCAGUCUUUUCACUUCCUCUCCACAGGAAUCUUUACAAUUGCCUGCCAAAGCAGCUUUUCCUGAGGCCACCAUUUUAGGAGAGUGGCGUAGCAAAAUAUAAUAAACAUAAGAACAUAUUUAAAAUCAAGCUGGUAUAAAACCUUCCUUCUCUUCAGUCAUACGUAGGCAGACUGUUACACUGUUAUAUGGGAUCACAAUGAUAGGAAACUCCCCGUUAAUCACUAGACUGUCUUUUUUCAGACCAUUCAUAAAUGUUGACUAUGAAUCUAUUUUUACAAAGCUUCAGUUUUAAAAAAUUGUUAUUAUUUAAAGUUCUAUCCUGAUGUUAAACUUGAAAGGUUUUAUUUUGGUUUUAACAUUUUAUAGUCCUUUUAUGCUCAUUCAGUUAUACUGAGUGCUAAUUAUAAUGCUG